AUGCUGACUGGUAUAGGUGAUGCCGGAAAGGGUGCGGGUAUCUUCAAGACCCGGUGUGCCCAGUGCCACACCCUCGGUAAGGGCGAGCCCAACAAGGUCGGGCCCAACCUUCACGGUCUGUUCGGCCGUCAGUCCGGUCAGGUCGAGGGCUUCUCAUACACUGCCGCCAACGUGAACAAGGGUGUUCACUGGGACAACGACACCUUGUUCGAGUACCUCGAGAACCCGAAGAAGUACAUUCCCGGUACCAAGAUGGCGUUCGCUGGUCUCAAGAAGGCCAAGGACAGGAACGACCUGAUCACCUACCUCGAGAAGGAGGUAAGUUAA